GAACUGUGGGGAUCUGAAGUGUCACAGGUCACAUGUGGGAGACAUCACACACUCGUAUCAAUCGCAUCGUCAAAGCUGAUCUACUCGUUUGGAUGUGGGAUGCAAGGGCAGCUGGGAAAUGGAGAAAUGAUCAAUAAGUCUGUGCCUUACCCUGUGGAUCUGCCAACUGAAUGUAAUCAUGAAUAUACGAUUGAAAAACUCCUUGCUGGGGAGAAUCAUUCCUUUGCCUUGUCUUUCAAGGAACCUGGGAAUGAGUCCAAACCAAAUCCAAGCAGGGGGAUUUUGACAUUAGAUGACAGAAUGAUUGGGCGAUGGCUAUCUAGAAGUGAACCAAGGAAAAUGGUAAAGAAAAUGGCAAAGAAGGACAUAAACAAAGUAUUCUCCUCUGCUGCCUCUCUGAAUGGAAGCUUCCUCAAAACAAGUUGCGACCAACAUUAUCAGACAUCUGAGGAUCAUUGUGGUUUGGAUUUUGAUCUGGUUAAAACAUCCUUUGCAAAGUUAUCAAAGAAUGAAAGCUUGAUAUCAGAGGUAGUGAAGGUGGUUGAACAGACACUGCUGCCAUCUCUGAAUCCAAAUCCAACUGGUGUGGAAUCGCUGAGAGUUUAUCUUCUCCUCCCUGAGCUCAUCAGACGUCUCAAGAAACAAAAAACCGAACUCACUGAAGCUCUGGCCUCCAAAAUCCUUCAGCUGGAUCCUGAUGCUCACAAGGUGUUAGAGAAGUACUGGUCCAAACUCCCUGAUGGUUGGCUCAAAGGCCUGGUGAAGUUAUUUAGAAAAGCUUCAACUUCUAUGAUUGGCAGGAUUGCUGCUGACAGUAUGAACAUGGACAUAAAAACACGCCUGCCGAAAUUUGUGCAGAUCCUUGCGAUGGUCUAUCAGGUCUGCUGCAGUGCUAACAGAAACAUCACAAAGAGUGAUUUCAUUAUUAAUGAGAUCAAUGAUCUACUAGAUGUGCUGCAAACCAUCAAUGAUGAUAUGAAUAACAACUGGGUGAUGUUGAACUGGACUGGACAAAUCCAAGCAGUGAUAGACCAGCAAAACUAUUACAAUGCAAUCCUAAAAAAUCUUAUAUCACUUCCAUGCAUCUUUAACCUGGAGGCCAAAUGUAGCUAUAUGAAGAACAGAGUGUGGCAGGGUUGUUUUCCGCUGACCCUGAGACGCACAGCGCUGCUGGAGGACAGUUUCUCUCAGCUGAGAAUGGCCACUCAGCAACAACUCCGAGAAUUUUGGCUGUCGGUGUUUUACACAGAGGAUAUGAGAAAAACAGAUGUCAACAAGAGGGACUUUUUUCACAACGUGUUUGAAGAGCUUUGUGCACUAGAGUCUCAGAUGUUUAUGUACAAUGAUAACCAAACUAUGAGCUGGUUCCCAGCACAGCUCAGCGUGGAGACGGAGAAGUACUUCCUGUUUGGGAUUCUGUGUGGCUUGGCCUUCAACAACAACUCUGUAGUGCAUCUGCCUUUUCCUUUAGCCUUGUUCAAGAAACUUCUCAAUGUCAAACCAUCUCUUGAAGACUUGAUUGAGUUUGAUUCAGGUCUUGGCAAGAGUUUGCAGUACAUCCUAGACUACAGCGAGGAUGUUGAGGAAAUGGAGAUGUACUACACGAUCAUAUGGCAUGGAAUAGAAAUCGAACUGGAUCCAGCUGAGCCAGGAAAAAUGGUCACAAAUUCUAACAGAGAAGACUUUGUGGACAAGUAUGUGGAUUAUAUCCUGAAUAAAUCAGUGGAGGAAGUGUUUGAAGAAUUCAAGAGAGGCUUCUUCAAAGCAUGUGACCGAUGCAUGGUGGAGAUGUUUGAACCGGAGGAGCUGAGAGGAGUGCUGGUGGGCAAUGAGGAAUAUGACUGGGACAUACUCAAACAGAACACUACAUAUGAAGGAUCAUUUUAUGCUGGGCAUCCAACCAUCAUCUCAUUCUGGGAGGUGUUUGAUGACCUGACAUCAAAUGAGAAGAAGGCCUUUCUGUUGUUCUUGACAGGGUUCGAGAAAGUGCCCAUUCUGGGUAUGAGUGCGGUGAAGAUGAGAGUGAGACCCCUGUUCAUCUUUACUCAGGACCAUCUACCACAGGCCCUCACCUGCCAUGCUCUGCUAGACCUUCCUGUUUAUCAGAAGAAGGAAACGCUAAAGGCUAAAGUAAUUGAAGCCAUCAACCACAAGAGGGGGUUCUGGGAAGAAUGAGGCAGAUGCUGGAGUACACUAACUAAAAUCAAAAGUUUGAUCCUUUAUCUUUCUUGGCAUUAAAUAUAUAUUUCUUAAUAUAUA